AGGUACAGUACAUGACGUCUCUAACUGUACAGGGGAAUGUUUGUUUCCAGAAAGAGACAGUAAGCCAUAAAGCUAUGCUGAAAGAGGGUGCUUUCCACUUGAACCUCCACCCAAAGGAAUGUUUAGAAAACAACCCGUACAAACUGGACAAACCUCUGCCACCUCUGAAGAGAUUGGUAGGUUAGCGUUUUCCAUCAUGAAUCUUAAACAAGCAGGAAACCAUGCACCUGGAGGCUGCUUUCCUUGUUGCCGGUGAUUUUAAUUCCGCGUCAUUAAGACACGUAAUGCCCAACUUCCAUCAACACGUUUCCUUCGCCACUAGGGGCGAUAAAGUCCUAGAUCACUGUUACUCUACCCACAAGCAGCAUAGAAGGCCCUCCCUCAUCCCCCCUUCGGCAAAUCAGAUCAUGACUCUAUACUCCUGUUUACAAGCAGAAUCUCAAACAGGAAGUACCAUUGAUGUGCUCUGUUGAGAAAUGUUCCUCUGUAUUGGAGGCUAUGCUAAAAGACUGCUUUGUUAGUGCCGAUAGCAUCGAGCUAACCACCUCUGUCACCGGCUUCAUUAGGAAAUGCAUAGCCAACGUUAUUCCCACAGUGACGGUUCACUGCUUCCCCAAUCAAAAGGCCAGGAUUAACACAGAGGUUGGCGCUAAGCUAAAGGACAGGGCUACCGCACACGGGCUAUCACAGCCAACUCUGAGGCCACGGCUGAGGACACAAACAAGUACAAGAAGUCCCGCUAUGACCUCCGCAGAGCCAUCAAACAAGUAAAAGGACAAUAUAGGAACAAGUUGGAAUCCUGUUACACAGCCUCCGACGCCCAACGCAUGUGGCAAGCUCGUCACCAAGCUUGGGAGCCUGGGACUGAACACCUCCCUCUGCAACUGGAUCCUGGACUUCCUGACGGGCUGACCCCAGGUGGUGAGGGUAGUCAACAUUACCACCACCACGCUGACCCUCAGGGCUAGCAAGCAGCUAGCUAGCAUCAGUCAGCGAGGAAGCUACAAACACAAGAUAGUUAGCUUAACAGCUAACGUUAACUAGCUUAACAGUUAACGUUAACUACCUUAACAGCCAGUCAAUUCACACUGCUCAUUGGUUGGCGAAUGCCCCUGCUACCUGUCUCUCCCUAACUUGUUGACCGAUGUUUUGGCUCACUGCCCCACAAUUUACUGCUUGUUUCUACAGCACCAACUUGUGAGUUGGUCAUCUCCCGCUCGUAUCUUGUAUGUGCAGCCAGGAUCCAUACAGUGAGCAAGUCCUCCGCUUUCUCUCUGUUUGCUGUACUGGUGUGUGACUCAGGUAUGUGUUGCUUGUGUGUUUGCCAUUUCACUGGCUGUGCUUGUUUCGGGAGGCAGGAUGCGGGCUGUAUUUGCUAACCCACUGUAGCUCAUUGCAAACCUUUUAAUAAAUUCCUGUCAAGAAGAGAGACACAGAAGCCCAGCUAUCCUAGCUAGCCUGUAGUUUCAAAUCGUAGCCUGUAGUUUUAUAUGGUGAGAAACAACUCCGUUCCCGUGUCAAAAAACCCUGUGCUAUCCUGGAGCAUGAGCACCGGACAUAACAAGGCUGCUUCCUAUCAUUCUACAACAGCUGCCGGGGGCUGACGCUGUUGUAGUCCAUGUGGGGUCAAACGAGAUUAGGAGGGCUAGCUCGGAACUACUGAAAAUGAAUUUUAAAUAACUGAUUCUAGCUCUGAAAGAUUCCAAAAAGAAGCCAACUAUUUCAGGCCUGGUACCAUCGCUGUGAAAUAUUCUGCAGGCUACUGGCAUUACACACUUCGCUAAAAGACUACUUUGACACCUUUUGGAAACAGAAGAUGCUCUACAGGAAUGACGGAGUCCAUACAAAUCAUCUUGGCUCCUGGUACCUGUCUGCGUAUUUCAAGGCUGCGUUGAGACAAUGACUUAUCAGUGACCCAAGCCCUGCUCAGAUAAUCCCUACCAUUGUGUUGCUGAGUUGUUGUAGUGCUGCUGCAAAUGUACAUUGUCCCAGGGGCGUUGGCAGUCAUUAUGUAAGUAACUUAAUUUAUGUCCCUCUAACUCCCCUAAGUGCCUCUGUCAAUCCUACAGCUAUUGUAUGCAGUAAUCAUGCGUCUAUGAAGUAAUCAUGUGUCUAUGAACCUGAGUUAUACUGUUAGCACUCAGGCGGUUUGACCUAGUAGGAAGUCCACUGUGUGCAGCUCACCCUGCACUAUCAGCUCAAACAUAAAUGUCACUGUCAUGUCUACCUCUGAUGAGCCUCCCAGUAAAGCAAUAAAAACAAUAAAGUAUCCCAGAAAAGUGCUAAAAAUAGUUAAUAUAUUAAUAUAUGUGGCCUAAGAAACAAGGUUCAUGAAAUCGAUAACUUGCUAGUAACAGAUAACAUUCAUAUACUGACUAUCUCUGAAACUUAAUUAGAUAAUUUACUUGAUGAUACAGUGGUAGAAAUUCAUGCUUUCAACAUCUUCAGAAGAGACAGGAAUACCAAUGGUGGAGUUGUUGCCGUGUAUGUUCAGAGUCAUAUUCCUGUAAAGCUUAGAGAAGAUCUCAUGUCAAAUGCUAUUGAAGUAAUAUGGCUACAGGUUCACCUGCCUCACCCAUUCUUGUGGGAAGCUGCUAUAGACCACCAAGUGCUAACAGUCAGUAUCUGGAUAAUAUGUGUGAAAUGCUUGAUAAUGUAUGUGAUAUCAAAAGAGAGGUAUAUUUUCUGGGUAACCUAAAUAUUGAGUGGCUUUCAUCAAGCUUCCCACUCAAGAAAAAGCUCCAGAAAGCAACCAGUGCCCGCAAUCUGGUUCAGGUUAUCAGUUAACCUACCAGGGUAUUUACAAACAUCACAGGAAUGAAAUUAUAAACAUGUAUUGAUCACAUCUUUACUAAUGCUGCGGAAAUCUGCUCUAAAGCAGAAUCCAUUGGAUGUGGUGAUCAUAAUAUAUUAGCCAUAUCUAUGAAAACCAAAGUUCCAAAGGCUGAGCCUAAUAUAGUGUAUAAGAGGUCAUACAAUAAGUUGUGUAGUGAUUCCUAUGUUGAAGAUGUAAAGAAUAUUUGCUGGUCUGUGGUGUGUAAUGAGGAUACACCAGACGCUGCACUUGACACAUUUACGAAAUGUCUUAUUCCAUUUACUAAUAGGCAUGCAGCCAUUAAGAAAAUGACUGUAAAAAUGGUUAAAUCCCCAUGGAUUGAUGAGGAAUUGAAAAAGUGUAUGGUUGAGAGGGAUGAGGCAAAAGGAAUGGCAAAUACAGUGCCUUCGGAAAGUAUUCAGACCCCUUGACAUUUUCCACAUUUUGCUACGUUACAGCCUUAUUCUAAAAUUGAUUAAAUAAAAACAUUUCCUCAGCAAUCUACACACAAUACCCCAUAAUGACAAAGAGAAAAGCACCUUAAAUUACAUUUUGGGCAAAAAGGAAAACUCGUUCAUUGAAUCAGAUGGCUCAUUUAUCACAAAUCCCACUGAUAAUACCAACUACUUACAUUAUUUUUUCAUUGGCAAGACUUAGGCAUGACAUGCAAACAACAAAUUAUGAAAGACAAGCUUUGUGAUUUUGAAUUCCGUAAAGUGAGUGUGGAAGAGAUGAAAAAAUUAUUGUUGUCUAUCAACAAUGACAAUCCACCUGGGUCUGACAACUUGGAUGGAACAUUACUGAGGAUGAUUGUGAACGAUAUUGCCACUCUUAUUUGCCAUAGAUCUCUUCGAUCUAAGCCUACAGAAAGUGUGUGCCCUCAGGCCUGGGGGGAAGCAAAAGUCAUUCCGCUACCCAAGAAUAGCAAAGCUCGCAAACAAUCAUUAUAUACGGUGCUACUCUGUUUAUACACUGAAUAUACAAACCAUUCCAUGACAUAGACUGACCAGGUGAAACAAGGUGAAAGCCAUGAUCCUUUAUUGAUGUCACUUGUUAAAUCCACUUCAAUCAGUGUAGAUGAAGGGGAGGAGGGGAGGAGACUGGUUAACGAAGGAUUUUUAAGCCUUGAGACAAUUGAGACAUGGAUUGUGUGUGUGCCAUUCAGAGGGUGAAUGAGCAAGCCAAAAGAUUGAAGUGCCUUUGAAUGGGUUUUGGUAGUAGGUGCCAGGCACACACUGGUUUGUGUCAAGAACUGCAACGUUGCUGGGUUUUUCACAUUGAACAGUUUCCCUUGUAUCAAGAAUAGUCCACCACCCAAAGGACAUCCAGCCAACUUGACACAACUGUGGGAAGCAUUGGAGUCAACAUGGGCCAGCAUCCCUGUGUAACGCUUCCUACACCUUGUAGAGUCCAUGCCUCGACGAAUUGAGGCUGUUCUGAGGGCAAAAGGGGGGUGCAACUCAAUAUUAGGAAGGUGUUCCUAAUGUUUGGUAUACUCAGUGUAUAUAUCCUGAUUCCUAGUCACCUUACCCCUAUACAGAUCUAACACUACCACUCCAGUAUCCCUUCAAAUUGUAAAUAUGGUAUUGGUACUGACCCUGGAACUGACCCUGUAUGUAGCUUACUUACUUUCUCGUGCUUUUCUUAUUUAAAUUUUUCGUGUGAUUUUGUUCUACUUAUAAAUAUUUAAUAGUACAACUGAUAUUGAUUAUAGCAUUGUUGGGAAAGAGCAAGCAAGAAAGGCAUUUCACUGUACUAGUGCACGUGACAAUAUAACUUAAAACCUGAUCUUGUUCUAGCGGCAGCUCUGCAUAGUAGUCACUAGCUGGCACAGCCACAAAGUCAUAAAAUCUGAUUUUAAACCUAACUUUAACCUUAACCACACUGCUAACCCUAACCUUAAUUUAAGACCAAAAGCACAUUUUUGUUAACAUGAAUUUGUAAAAUAUAGACAAUUUUGACUAAUCAGCUGGCCUAUCUAAGGGGAAAUCGCUCAGUUCUGCUUCCAGGACAAGACUCAUGACAAUAAACGUCAACCUGCAUGGGAUUGCAGGAGAGGAAGAGAUUUGUGAUCCCCUUCAAACCCAUCUCACUAAACAAAAGGGUGAGGGUGCACAGAGGAGACAGACAACUGACCUUAUGCUUGUUUAUUACAAGUUUUGUCUGUUUUAGAUCGGAGGCAUGAAAGCAGGUACAUUUGACAUUUACCACUCUCACGCUGCUGACCAUUACAUUACACAGAGAUCAAAAUCUGUGACCAUGAAAAAGGAGGGAAAGGUAUUCCACUCAUCUCCUGGACUGAAGAGCACCGCUGUGAAGAGCAUCAUCAGUGUUAAUGUGAACAGGUGACACUCCAUUUUGGACAUGCAUAUCCUCUCAGACAUAGAAUAAUAAUUGUCUAAUUGUAGUAUUAGGCUACUAUUUUUGACUGUUUUUGUCUUGUUUUUCUGGUCAGUGCACUCUGCAAACUACAGUAUGAAUAUACCAUCUGUGAUGACAUACUAAUGUGGAAACUUGCUAUC